AUAUGCAUUUUUAGAGACAUGAUGUCACUGCCUACUGUCGCUACUUGGCCGAGUUGAAGCUUUUCGCCUUCCCUUGUCGAUGAUUCUAGUCUGUAUCAAGUUUUUUCCCCACUACCUUACUGUCAUGUAUCUGCCCACACAUGAAGCACCAGGAGUUCCAGCUCAAAAUGGCUUUUCAUUGCUUCGAUUGAGCUGAUUCAGGCUUUGAAGCAGUCAGAGCAGUCAAAGGUUGGGGGAUGCUGUAGUUUUUGCACUACGAUUGUUUUGCUUGGGUAGAAUUUUCGAUAGCGAGCGAGAGAUAGAUUGAGAGAGAGAGAGAGGUUAUAGAGUGUUAAGUUGCAGGAGGUUUGUGGUUAGGAGACGGUGCUUGCUUGCGCUGGGUAGUGGAACCUGUGGUCAGCUUUAGUAUCGUUUCGACCACACUGACGCAUGUUCAUUUGAAGUUAUAUUCCUGUUGUGCUACACCGGCUUGCUCGAGACCUGUAUCAUGAGGAAAUUACGAAGGAAGAGCAUGCGUAGAAUUUCUUUUAUAAUCGAACUUGUAACGAAGGGUUUGUGGUCGUGAUUUUGGUGACUGAAGAACUAAUCCUUGGAAGAGUGGCAGUUGCAUGAAACUUGGGUAGUUGGCAGGAGUGGUGUAAGUGUACAUUAUUUUGGAGACGAUGGCAGGAGGCGGAGGAAUCAAGGGUGCUGUUAACAACAACGUCGCCACUGCAAUGGCGAUCGCAGGACGCGAUUCCAGAGCAUGCGACGUGUGCGGCUUGCACCGGGCGCGCUGGUACUGCAGUGUAGACAAUGCGCAUCUGUGCCGCCGGUGCGAUCAGAAUGUACAUUCAGCCAACGCCCUCGCUUUGCACCACGAGCGAGUGCGGCUGGAUCUGCAGGGCAACGCCUUGCACACUCCGAGGAAGGCUCUGAAGGGUAAUACUUCCGCACCCCAAAAUUCUCUCAAGAGUGCGGCGCAGAUGGAUCACGCUGCACCCUCACGCAAGAGCUUUCGUCAAAGUCGGCGUCCAAACACUGAUGCGUCGCCUCCUAACUCUCAUAAGAUCAACCGUCGUGGAAAAGAGAAAUCUGAUAGCUCGCACGAGGUGCCCAACUUCGUGACUGUGAAUAUACAUGAGUCCCCGUUUUCCUUCACCCACGACAGCGCCACGGCCAUGUCCAUUGCGGAGUAUUGCAAGGGCCGAGCUGCCGCCGCUGCUGCUAUGGCCGCGGAUGUGGACACAAAUGAGGAGCUCAGCAGUGGAGACUCUGACCAGUAUUUGGUGCCGAAUGGCUACUUGGACGAUUUCGAAAGUGCUACUGUUCCAACUCCGGGAUGUCGACAACAGGGAUGCGAUCCUUCUGACGAUGCGGCUUCUAAUGACGCGCUUGACGAUGGAGAAGGCAAAGACCAAUACGAUAGUGGUGCUUUCGAUCAAACUAACGGCUUGGAGUUCAAGAGGGGAAGCGAUCAGGACCGGAUCAACGAGAAGUAUCGCUUGGGUUUUUCGGAAGUCGUUGGUAUGCGGGAUGCGGAUGACUUUGAGGGAGAAAGUGGGUACACCGAGGGCGAGGGCGAAGUCGAAGAUGAGGCUUACGACCAGAGCUGUGCCUAUGGUGACCCCGAGAGGCAGCGGGUGAGUCCGUUUGUGAAAGAUUUGAAGAGCGAAUACGACGUGCUGGACAGAUUAGAUUUGAUCAAGAGAGAGGUAGCUGCCGUAUUGCGGUGCUCCCUGGAAGCUCAAGAAAAGAAAUCGGCUCCGCCGCCGUUACUAAGACUGAACUUCGACGACGUAUUGUCAGCGUGGUCGGAUCGCAGUCUCUGGACAGAUGGGAGGAGGCCCCAAACUGUGCCGGACGACUCCUCCGAAGCUGUGGGAGGAACGGACGUAGGUUUGGUGCCAGAUAUUAAUACUCAAUACGCUCAAGGAGCAACACUAGCAGCCGGCGACAAAGGAAGAGAGUUCCGUGUGAUGCGUUACAAGGAAAAACGGCGAACUCGCCUCUUCUCCAAAAAGAUUCGUUACGAAGUGCGCAAGCUCAACGCUGAGCGCCGCCCUCGCAUGAAGGGCCGAUUCGUCAAGCAAACACCAGGUGGCUCAUGACAAAACGUCGUUCCUACAUGAGGUGAUACAGAUUGUGUGACGACUACCUCAAGCAUUAACCAAAAUGAGAGCACUUCUAGCUUAAUGCUGGACGUGAAUGGGACCCCUGCAAACAAUCCAAGCUCGCCUACUAGACAAAAAUAUAGCUGGUUGAUUAAGCUAUUUUUCAAGUGGUGCACACCCUCAGCACCGUCCAUAUUUAUAUCAUGAGGAGGAUCUAGAUCGUUCCAAUUUUCCGACCUGCUAGUAGGAAGUUUUGAUUCUAAGAGCAUGGAUCCAAGCAGGCGAUGGAGUAGUAGUUUUUCUAGUGAUAUGGCUGGUGAUGUGUAAUACACCAGGUUCCAGCCCAGUAGGUAAAGAAAGAGCUGUAUACAAAAGCUGUUAUACAUCAUGAGGUGGUGGGUCACAAUCUUUUCUUUUCUGCUUUCAGUCUCACUGUAGUUGCUAGCCCUAACUGCUCAUUGGCCUCUCUGAGAAGACGCAUUUUUUAAUGCUAAGGGUCGGUUAUUUCACUCUGUGAGUAAUCAUAUAAUGUAGGGUUUAGAUUCACCUGCAACGCCAAAACUAACCUUUGUAAUUUGUUCCAAAACACUUAUGUGAACUGCUUUUAAUGCUC